AUGAAAAUAUUGAUAAAUCGAUUUAUUGGAUUGAAGAUGCUAUCAAUAGAAAACAUUAAAUAUUAUGAAUUUGAAAUUUUAAAAAUAUUCAAGAGAUUGGAACUGGAUCUUUUGGAAAGUAUUACUUUAAAAGAAAUUAUUAAUGAGCUUGUUCCAGAAAUUGUUCACCGAGACUUGCAUUCCUGUAAUGUAUUGGUUCAUCGGAACUCCAUCAAACUGGCAGAUUUUGGAUUAUCAAAAAGGAUCGAUAGUAUUGGCGUUUUACUUUGGGAAAUAUCAAGUGGGAAACCACCAUUUCAUGAAGAGAUAAAUAAGAUUGGUUUAAUCUAUAACAUUUCACAAGGCCGAAGAGAAGAAAUUAUUCCUGAUACUCCUAGCGAUUAUUCCACUCUGUAUACUGAAUGUUGGAAUAAUGAACCGAGUAAACGACCAACUGUACAUGAAGUUGUUAAUAGAUUAAAAAUGUUAUUUAUUUCAAAGUUUCAAAAUUCUAAUUACAAUAAUAUUAAUACAAUUGAUCUAAUUUUUAAGGAAGAAAAUAAAGGAAAAGAUUGGGGUGUAGUAGAACAAGGUGAUUAUUUCAACACUCAAAUUUAUAAUUGGUUAUCAAAUAAUCAAAAUACUUUAGAAUUAAUCUUCUUACUUGGAUAUUUUAAUUAUUAUGGAAUUGGAACAAUAAAAGAUGAAGAAAAAGCUUUUAAUUUAUUUAAGAGUAAUGAAAUGCAGGCAUUAUUACAUUAUAAAAAAGUAGCUAAAAAAGAUUGUGCAAUGGGACAAUUUAAUUUAGGUUGGUUUUAUGAAACUGGUAAAAUUGUUAAUAAAAUUUUAAAAAUGGCUGUGUAUUUUUAUGAAAAAGCUGCAAAUAAUGGACAUUUGAUGGCUAUGCAUAAUCUUGGUCUUUUAUAUAUUAGAGGAGGUGAUAAUAAAGAUUACCGAAAAGCUUUUGAAUUAUGUAAAAGAUCAGCUGAAUAA